CCAGCGCUGUGCCCGGUGUUGCCCUCUGCAGCCCGGCUCGCCCCGCGCUUGGACAUGGAAGGGGCCGCCGCGCCCGUGGCGGGGGACCGCCCCGACUUGGGGCUGGGGGCGCCGGGCUCUCCUCGAGAGGCGGUGGCGGGGGCGACUGCAGCCCCCGCGGCGGCGGCCGCCCCGGAGCCCAGGAAGCCUCAUGGGGUGAAGCGGCAUCACCACAAGCACAACUUGAAGCACCGCUACGAGCUGCAGGAGACCCUGGGCAAAGGCACCUACGGCAAAGUCAAGAGGGCCACCGAGAGGUUUUCGGGCCGAGUGGUUGCUAUAAAAUCCAUUCGUAAGGACAAAAUUAAGGAUGAACAAGACAUGGUUCACAUCAGACGAGAGAUUGAGAUCAUGUCAUCUCUCAACCAUCCUCAUAUCAUCAGUAUUUAUGAAGUGUUUGAGAACAAAGAUAAGAUUGUGAUCAUCAUGGAAUAUGCAAGCAAAGGGGAGCUGUACGAUUACAUCAGUGAGCGGCGGCGCCUCAGCGAGAGGGAGACCCGGCACUUCUUCCGGCAGAUCGUCUCCGCCGUGCACUAUUGUCACAAGAACGGUGUGGUCCACCGGGACUUGAAGCUGGAAAAUAUACUGCUCGAUGACAACUGCAAUAUUAAGAUUGCUGACUUUGGGCUUUCCAACCUGUACCAGAAAGAUAAGUUCUUACAAACGUUUUGUGGGAGUCCCCUCUAUGCAUCUCCUGAGAUUGUCAAUGGGAGACCUUACCGAGGGCCAGAGGUGGACAGCUGGGCCCUGGGCGUGUUGCUUUACACCCUUGUUUAUGGAACAAUGCCCUUCGAUGGUUUCGAUCACAAAAACCUCAUUCGGCAGAUCAGCAGUGGAGAGUACCGGGAGCCCACGCAGCCCUCAGAUGCUCGAGGACUCAUACGGUGGAUGCUGAUGGUGAACCCCGAUCGCCGGGCCACUAUUGAGGACAUUGCCAACCACUGGUGGGUAAACUGGGGCUAUAAGAGCAGCGUGUGUGACUGCGAUGCCCUCCAUGACUCUGAGUCCCCACUCCUGGCUCGGAUCAUUGACUGGCACCACCGUUCCACAGGGCUGCAGGCUGACACCGAAGCCAAAAUGAAGGGCCUGGUCAAACCCACGACCUCUGAGGUCAUGCUAGAGCGGCAGCGGUCGCUGAAGAAAUCCAAGAAGGAGAAUGACUUCGCUCAGUCUGGUCUGGAUGCAGUGCCUGAAAGCCCAUCCAAGUUGAGUUCCAAGAGGCCCAAGGGGAUCCUGAAGAAGCGAAGCAACAGCGAGCAUCGCUCUCACAGCACUGGCUUCAUUGAAGGUGUAGUUGGUCCUGCCUUACCCUCUACUUUCAAGAUGGAGCAGGACUUAUGCAGGACUGGUGUGCUCCUUCCAAGCUCACCAGAGGCAGAGGUGCCGGGAAAACUCAGCCCCAAGCAGUCGGCCACGAUGCCCAAGAAAGGCAUCUUGAAAAAGACCCAGCAGAGAGAAUCAGGUUACUACUCUUCCCCAGAGCGCAGUGAGUCUUCGGAGCUGUUGGACAGUAAUGAUGUGAUGGGCAGCAGCAUCCCCUCCCCCAGCCCCCCAGCCCCAGCCAGGGUGACCUCCCACAGCCUCUCCUGCCGGAGGAAGGGCAUCUUGAAACACAGCAGCAAAUACUCAGCGGGUGCCAUGGACCCGGCCCUGGUCAGCCCUGAAAUGCCCACACUGGAAUCCCUGUCGGAGCCUGGUGUCCCUGCUGAGGGCCUUUCCCGGAGCUACAGCCGUCCUUCCAGUGUCAUCAGCGAUGACAGUGUGCUGUCCAGCGACUCUUUCGACUUGCUGGAUUUGCAGGAGAAUCGCCCUGCCCGCCAGCGCAUCCGCAGCUGCGUCUCUGCAGAAAACUUCCUCCAGAUCCAGGACUUUGAGGGGCUCCAGAACCGGCCCCGGCCCCAGUACCUGAAGCGGUACCGGAACCGGUUGGCAGACAGCAGCUUCUCCCUCCUCGCAGACAUGGAUGAUGUGACUCAGGUCUACAAGCAAGCGCUGGAGAUCUGCAGCAAGCUCAACUAGCACUCCAGGGCGCCGGGGGCAGGUGGGGGUACGAGGGAGGAAGGGGAGCAAGACUUGGGCUCACAGGCUGGUUACCUCUUUGCUGGCCUUGACAACAGACUGAAAAAGGAUUGGCACUGUCUCACUUGGCCAAGUUUGCAGCCUUGAGCCAACACCUAAAAGGGAGGGGUGGGCUCUUCUGCCAGUUCUGACAACUGUCAGUCAGAAUUUGGGCCCUAUUUGGCAUUUGCUUUAUGGCACCUCCUAGAGGACCAGCUGUCCAGGAGAGGUGGUGUUGACCGGCACUCAGUGGGUAGAGUGGAAGCAUAUGGGGA